AUGGCCAUGGCAAGAAACAUGUUUAUUAUGCUGUUUGCGGUAGCCACCCUGCUUCAUGGUUCUGCUGCACAGACCAGACACGUGGUGGGUGAUUCUAUCGGCUGGACCAUCCCUUCCAAUGGUGCUGCGGCCUACACCACCUGGGCUUCCAACAAAACCUUUGUCGUAGGUGACACUCUUGUGUUUAACUUCACGAGCGGCCGACACGAUGUGGCCAAGGUGACGAAAUCAGAUUUUGACGCAUGCAAUGGUGCGAGCGCCCUUUUCACCCUUACCUCCGGUCCAGCGAGCGUGCCACUGAACGAGACAGGGGAACAAUAUUACAUUUGCACCAUUGGAACACACUGUUCCCUUGGUCAGAAGUUGUCCGUUAACGUUGUUAACAGAGCUUCUGCCACUCCUUCCCCUGCCCCUCAACCAAGUAGAAGUGGUUCUCCACCAAAUGCUAGCCCUGUCCCCACACCAACACAAGCACCAGCACCAGCACCAAGCAACCCCACUCCUCCACGAAGCACUGUGCCAGCCCCUGCUCCAGGCCCAUCCACUGGACCAGUUACUUUCAAUGUUGGAGACAACUUAGGCUGGACCGUUCCUAGUAAUGGUGCUGCAGCAUACACAUCCUGGGCCUCUGGCAAGACCUUCAACAUUGGAGACAUCCUAGUGUUCAACUACCAAUCUAACGCACACAACGUAGAGGAAGUGACAAAGGCGAACUUCGAUUCUUGCAACUCAACCUCUCCUCUUAAAACUUACACCACUCCACCAGCGAGAGUGACCCUUACCCAAUCCGGUGCUCACUACUUCAUUUGUGGAAUUCCAGGGCACUGUUCUGGAGGUCAAAAGCUAGCCAUCAAUGUCACCGGCAGCGGCACCUCGCCUUCCCCCGGCGCCACCCCUCCUUCCCCCUCUUCUCCCACCACCAACCCUUCUACCCCUUCUCCCGCAGGCGCCCCUCCCCCACAGAACUCUGGUGCUGCACCUCUCGGAGUUGUUGGAGUUUCUGCCACCCUUCUUUCACUUGCCGCGGCUUUCUUCUAUUAG